AGGGACAGGGAGAGGGAAAGAGUGAGUGAGGGAGAGGGAACAGCUCUCUGUUUGUAGAACAGAACAGGACCAUGUUGUCAAGCAGUUGUGUAGUUUGGAUUGGAGCACUACUCCUGGGACUUGGAGCUCCGCUGACUAGGGCUGUUGAAUUCCAACACCAUGGAUAUGAGGAGAUGGUGCGCACUCUAUUUUCCAUACAGAGUCAAUGCCCCUACAUCACCCGCGUCUACAGCAUUGGUCGCAGUGUGGAGGGACACCACCUUUAUGUUCUGGAGUUCAGCGAUAAUCCAGGAAUCCAUGAAAAAAUGGAGCCGGAGUUCAAGUACGUGGGUAACAUGCAUGGAAAUGAGGUGCUGGGCCGUGAGCUACUCAUCCACCUCUCACAGUUCUUGUGUGACGAGUACCAAGCAGGGAACCAACGGAUUACAGAGCUCAUCCACAACACACGCAUUCACAUUCUGCCCUCCAUGAAUCCAGAUGGCUAUGAAGUGGCAGCUAAACAGGGUCCGGAGUUCAAUGGUUACCUGGUGGGCCGUGGGAAUUCCAGAGAUGUGGACCUAAAUCGCAAUUUCCCUGACCUGAAUGCCCUCUUGUAUUACAAUGAAAAGAACAAUGGACAGAAUCACCAUUUGCCCCUUCCAGACAACUGGGAAAACCAGGUUGAACCAGAAACUCUUGCAGUCAUUAGAUGGAUGCAAAGUUAUAACUUUGUUCUAUCAGCAAAUCUGCAUGGAGGAGCAGUGGUGGCAAACUACCCUUUUGACAAAUCCAGAGAAGUCUAUAUAAGAGGCAGGUCUACUUAUUCUGCCACUGCUGAUGACAAGCUCUUCAAACAUUUGGCAAAGAUUUACUCCUAUGCUCACAGCUGGAUGCAUAAAGGCUAUAACUGUGGAGACUACUUUGAGGAUGGGAUUACCAAUGGAGCCAGCUGGUACACUCUAUCCAAGGGCAUGCAGGACUUCAACUACCUAUACACUAACUGCUUUGAGAUCACACUGGAGUUGAGCUGUGAUAAAUUCCCCCCAGCGAGAAUGCUGGCCAGUGAAUGGCUGGCCAACAGGGAGGCUCUGGUGUCCUACCUGGAACAGGUUAAUCAUGGCAUUAAAGGAAUGGUCUAUGAUGAAAAUAACAACCCCAUCAACAACGCAGUGAUCUCAGUCGCAGGGCUAAACCAUGACAUAACCAGUGGAGCAGAUGGAGAUUACUUCCGGCUGCUUUUGCCAGGAACAUACACUGUAACUGCUGAUGCACCAGGCUACCUGCCUUCCACCAAUACUGUGACAGUCGGACCUGCAGAGGCCAUACAGUUACACUUCUAUUUGAAACCAGCACCAAAAGAGACAAACUUGAAUGCGGGGGACCAUCAAGAUAAGAAAAGCUUGUCGGCAGCCAAAGUUCCUCCAGCCAACCUUGGUCCAAGAUAAAAAAAAAAAAAGGAAGAAAAA